AUGACUGCUAAUUCGUGUCCUUAUGACCAUGAUUCUCAGCCGCAUGACCUCGAACUUGGGGAUCAAGAUUCGCAAUAUGCCCCCACUCCAGGAUUCUACGGUCGCACGCCUGCGUUAAGUUAUGGGCGCAGCCCUUCCCUCGACUAUCACUUCGAAAACGACCCGGAAGUCCUGUCACAACAGCAACCACAACCUCCUCGACUACUUCAGCUAUCCGAAUGGUAUGAGGGAAUGCCAAGUAACGAACUGCCGGCAAACUGCAUCCAAUAUACGAUAGAGUGGAAAGUCACCGUGAAUAAGAAAGUGCUCUCGCGGGACACUGAAGAGGACGUAGCCCUGACUCCGAGUGCCUACUGGCCGACGACCCUAAAGGGUAAGUUGGAAAAGUUGUUAGAUGGAAAGACCCCCGGUAAAGGAAGGGUAAAGUCGGACGACACCUCGAUCGUCGUGUCGGUGAAUGAUCGCUCCCAACGCGACCUGACGAAACGAUUUGACCAUCUCGACAUCGAUUGGACUGCCGUGGAAAAGCAACUGCUCAGGUGGGGCGAAGUGUGCCGUCGAGGCAAGAAACUGAGGUUAAGUAUUACCUUUAAAUAUGUUGAGGACGACCGUCUCUCCAAAACUGCCUCAGGUAGGGUCGAAAAAAGAGGAAGGUCAUCGGUCACUAAACGGAUGCUCAACGAACUAGACGUUCAAGUGGAUGCCGAAGAGAAUUCAUCUGGGCAAGAAUCCGUUUGGCGAGCUGUGUACAACCUGAUGCGUUGUCCUUCUUCAUCAUGCCAUCUUGGCCCACAUUGCUGGCAAGACCCACACGGGAAAAAGCACUAUGCGCUGAGGAGCCACCAUUUAAAACGUUUAAUUGCCUUUGUGGAAAAAGGAAACACCCUGCAGUCUCAUGAAGACGUCCCGGAAAUCUUUCGUGAAGAACUAUUUAUGGAAGAGCAGCAGCGGCUGGAGAACAAACAAUCCAAGAAAAAAAAUUUGUCCAGUAUCCCAGGAAGUUGUCCCAUCAAUAUACAUUUCAAUGUGGUGCAACCUUCCUCUCAAUUGGAGACGCGAUCCUCCGCAUCCCCAGCAAUGCCUUCGUCACCAAAGGCCCAAGUCAAUGACGACUUUAAUAUUCCUGGACUUCGAGAUGUUGCGGUCAGAGAGUAUAGCGCAUGGCAUGAGGCGAAUGUCGCUGAUGACCAUUUAAAAGCUCAGUUUCGUCAAGCAUGCGAUAUCGCGCUGGCGAAUGGUUUCGAUCUUCAGCUAAUCUACGAGGACCAAGAUCCGUCAUUCUUUAUCGAUCAAGGGAUCAUGGUGGGUAUUGCCCGUCAAUUCGUAAGAGAUGUGGUGAAAUGGGCCAGAAGUAUGAGGAAUAUUUCGCCGAUUGAGUGUAUAUAG